UAUGUGUCGCCUUCUCAAAUCCAACGGCUCAAGUCCUCCGAAUAGCCGACUUUCCAAAAACCGGAAUCGCACAAAAAGUCACCGUCGAAUCCGAUCUCGGAACUUCUCUACUCCAAAUCGGUAUCGGAAAAUUUCUAGGGCUAUUGAGAGUUAAGACACUCCGAUUCCAUCACCUAAUCUAGAUCGCCGGCGUCUGAUACAUACUCCUGAAAGUCGAUUAACCAUGCCGCAGAGACACUCGAAGAACAACAACGAUCUAGCGUUCUUCACUUACGAUGAGAAGAGGAAGCUCGGGUACGGGACGCAGAGGGAGCGGCUGGGCAAGGACUCGAUCAAGCCCUUCGACGCCUGCAGCCUCUGCUUGAAGCCCUUCAUCAGUCCCAUGUCUUGUCCCAAAGGUCACGUCUUUUGUAAAGAAUGCAUCCUCGAGUGCCUCCUCGCCCAGAAGAAAGACAUCAUUCGGAAGCAAGCCGCCCAUGAGUUACAGAAAAAGCAGGACAAGGAAGAGGAACAAGAUAAGUUAGCAGCACAGAGAGCUCGAGAACUUGACGCGUUCGACCAGCAGAACCACGGUGCAGUCCCACAGUACAGCAACGACAGCCGAAACCGUAACCAAGACAAGAACGGUUUCCACGGUGCUAACAGCGUGAAGACAACCUCCUUUGAAGAGGAAGCCCUUCGUACGAUGAAAGCCUUCUGGCUUCCCUCAGCAACUCCAGAAGCCACCGUUAAAGUGGAAGCUCCGUCCUCCCACACAACAUGCCCCGAGGGGAACGAGAAGCUUAAAAUGAAGAGCCUCUUCCCCAUCUAUCUAACCGAAGACACGAGUGAGGGUGACAGGGGCUCUCUCGAUAAGAUCUAUCUCUGUCCGAGUUGUAAGGUCACCCUGACCAACACGCUAACGCUUGUUGCUGUGAGCUCAUGCGGCCAUGUGUUCUGCAAGAAGUGUGCCGAUAAGUUCUUGGCGGUGGACAAGGUUUGCUUGGAGUGCAGCAAGGGGUGCAAAGGGAGGGAUUUGGUGCAGUUGGAGAAGGGCGGGACUGGGUUUGCAGGUCACGAUGAGGGUCUUGUUGCUACGGAUUUCAAGCACUUGGGUAGUGGUUCGGGUUUGGGACUUGUGAGGCCUUCUUCGAAAGUUUGAUCUAUGUCGAACUACUCUUGUCUUGUAUUUUUCCAUUCGACAAUGUAAUCUAUUUCGUUAGAUCGAAUCCAAGAAUAUCCACCUGAGUUCUUCAUUGUUCUGUGUGUUGAAUUCUUUACAUGGUGAUGGUUAUGUUACAGGAAACUUGAGGGGCCCUGUCUGAAUGGUCACUCUGCCUAAUCUGUUUAGACAGCUGCCUUGUUUACAAAGAAACUCAUCCUUCCUGAUAUUUGGAGAUUGAUGUUUUAGGAAACCAGUUAUGGUCAAUUUACUCGAAGUUUUCGAUUUCAUUUCUUCCUCUCUGGAUUUUGAUUCAUGUACAGGUUACAGCUGCCCUUUCUUCUCUCUAUAUCAAGCCCUAAAUCGUCUUGUUUCUUUUUGUGUAGGAAGUAAGA